UUGGAUUGGCCAAUCUAAGUGAUGAUGGAUGAAGAAUAUGGUCUUCAAUUCCUUGAAAAUUAUUCAAUCAGUGGUGCCACAAUGGUAAACCAGUCACUAACUAAUAACACACUGGAUAUGCUGCAAAACAAAGGGCUACAAACAGUCCUGCCAUUCCUUUACUUGUUUAUCUUCUUUGUCAGUGUACCUUUGAAUGUUUUAUCUUUGUGGAUUAUCAGCCAAUCACAUCCCUGGACGCCUACAAUUGUGUUUUUUAUCAACUUGGCAAUCACUGAUUUGCUGUAUGGAAUGACACUUCCUUUCCAAGUUACCUACCAUCUAAAUGGAAAUAACUGGCCCUUUGGUAGAACAUUUUGUUCUAUAACUACUUUUCUAUUCUAUGGAAAUAUGAACUGCUCCGUACUGAUUAUGGCUUGUAUUAGUAUGGAACGUUAUAUGGGAAUUGUCCAUCCAAUGCAUUCUCAUAGUCUCAUAAGUGUCAGGAAGGUUUUUUUGACAUGCUUUUUAAUUUGGUUGUUUGUUUUAAUUGUGGACUUACCAUUUUUGUAUACUAAUCUAACAUACAGGGUGCAUGAAUUACACAUUGUUACAUGCUUUGACAUUUUACCAAAGAAUAUGUUUCCAAACCAGCUUUUUUUAUGUGUUUACUUUGCUUGUCAUGUUUUGGUAUUUUUCUUUAUUCCCUUUUUAAUCAUGGCUGUGUGCUACCUUUCCAUAAUUGUAACACUUCUUCAGUCACAUAAUGUACAGACAAAAAUGGUUAAGAAACAGACUAUUCGAAUGGUAAUAGUAGUUCUUACAGUAUUUAUCGUGUGCUAUCUUCCAAAUAAUGUGCUUCAAAUUGUUCAUUUCAUUUACCGUUUUAAAAAUAAUGAUACAGUGUAUGUAGAAUAUAAACUUUCGUUGGCCUUAAACAGUCUAAAUUGUUGCUUGGACCCAGUUGUGUAUUAUUUUGGCUCUAAAGAGUUGCGGCAGAAGGUACAAAACAGGAUAAGAUAUUGCUUCUGUAGAAAAAAAUAAAAUAUAAAC